AUGAGCGCAGUAGUUCGUGUCAAGAAUGCGUCCGGAAAUUUCAUACAGUGUCGUGCCUUAUUAGAUACCUGCGCAACAGCACAUUUUGUAACGGAGGAGUUUGCCCGAAGCAUAAGGCUACCGGUACGUCCGUGUCGUAUUCCAGUCGGCGCGAUUGACGACAUGAACACCACAUCGAACGUCCCGAAAAUCGCAGAAAGAGUUCCGAACGCGACGUUUCCACGCGAAACAAUUGAUAUACCGUCGAAUUUAAGGCUAGCAGAUCCACAGUUUCAUUUACCUCGACCGGUCGAUAUAAUCAUCGGAUCCGGGGCAACUCUGUCCUUAUUAUCAAUCGGACAAAUUAAUCUUUCUCGAGACAAUUGUGAUUUAUUUUUACAAAAGACUCAGCUUGGAUGGGUCGUUGUCGGCGGGGCAACGUCCCCCGACGGAAGGGGAAUUGUCUCAUGUAAAUUAACAGAAUUGACGGAACAAAUCGCGAAAUUCUGGCUUUUGGAAGACACAACCGCGAAACCAUUUGAAGUAUCGGAGGACCCGGAAUGCGAACUUCAUUUCACACAGAACACGACACGUGAUAAUUCCGGGCGUUACACCGUGCGACUACCGUUUUGUCCAGCGGAACGAGAAUUUGGAAAUUCGCGAGCGAUUGCGUUGCGUCGGUUUUACGGACUCCGGAAGAGGCUCGACGCUAAUCCAGUACUUAAACAAGAGUACGAACGCGUAAUGAACGAAUACAGUGACUUAGGCCACAUAUCGUUGAUAUCAGACGAAGCCGAGGGCGGAUAUUAUCUCCCUCACCACGCAAUUACAAAAUCCACAAGCAAUACGACAAAAGUGAGAGUUGUUUUCGACGCUUCGGCGAAAACCAAUAAAGGAAUAUCGCUUAAUGAUACGUUAAUGACCGGUCCCACAAUUCAGAGUAAGCUUUUCGAACAUCUGGUGCGAUUCCGCACACAUAGAUAUGUACUCACUGCCGACAUCGAGAAAAUGUACCGGCAAAUUUGGGUGCAUCCGAACGACCGCCAAUAUCAGAAGGUCUUUUGGUAUCACGAGAGUCAUAUUC